AGUCAAACAUUUCUUUCGCUUGUGAAAGUCUUGCAGGCAGAAUGCUGUUGUUUGCCUCACUCGUCACACUGUGCAUAAGCGCAGUGUUUGCUGCUCCAACCCUAGACCAGAAGUUAGAUGACCACUGGCACCUCUGGAAGCGCUGGCAUGAAAAAAGCUAUCAUGAGAAAGAGGAGGGCUGGAGGAGAAUGGUUUGGGAAAAGAACUUGAAAAAAAUUGAGCUACACAACCUUGAGCACUCAGUGGGCAAACACACCUUCAGACUGGGAAUGAAUCAAUUUGGUGACAUGACAAAUGAGGAGUUCAGACAGGCAAUGAAUGGUUAUAACCGUGACCCCAACCGGAAGUCAAAGGGCUCAUUGUUCAUAGAACCCAGCUUUUUUACAGCCCCUCAACAGAUUGACUGGAGACAGAAGGGCUAUGUUACUCCUAUCAAAGACCAGAAACGGUGUGGAUCUUGCUGGGCUUUCAGUUCAACAGGUGCCUUGGAGGGUCAAGUCUUCCGGAAAACCGGAAAGCUGGUUUCUCUGAGUGAGCAAAACUUGAUGGACUGUUCCAGACCACAGGGCAAUAAUGGUUGUGAUGGAGGCCUCAUGGACCAGGCCUUCCAAUAUGUUCAAGACAACAACGGGCUGGACUCUGAAGAGUCAUACCCUUAUCUUGCAACGGAUGAUCAGCCAUGCCAUUAUGACCCCCGUUAUAGUGCUGCAAAUGUCACCGGUUUUGUUGACAUCCCCAGUGGUAAAGAGCAUGCUCUUAUGAAGGCUGUUGCUGCUGUGGGUCCUGUAGCUGUUGCUAUUGAUGCAGGACAUGAAUCCUUCCAGUUCUAUCAGUCUGGCAUCUAUUACGAGAAGGCAUGCAGCACCGAAGAACUUGAUCAUGGAGUCUUGGUGGUUGGUUAUGGUUAUGAGGGGGUUGAUGUUGCUGGAAGGAGGUACUGGAUCGUGAAGAACAGCUGGACUGACAGAUGGGGUGACAAAGGCUACAUUUACAUGGCUAAAGACCUAAAGAAUCACUGUGGCAUUGCGACAUCAGCCAGUUACCCCCUAAUGUAAAGCAAUUAGAGCUUUCUCUGCAUUCUGGAAAUGACUUUUGUUUGAUUUUAAUGUGAAUUUGUGUUCAAUUUUAUCAAUGUUUUGCUGUUAGGCCCAAGAUGUUUUAGACAAGUCUUACAGUUUUAGUCUAGAACACUGACAAUAUUUGUAUCAAGUGAUUACUAAAGAUUUAGUAACCUGUUUUUGGUUGACCCAGUGAACCAUUCUGCAUUGUGAUGCAAGUCAUUUCACUACAUCUAAAGCUUAAAUGUGAGUAUGGUAACAAGCUGCUUUAAUGUAAGAGGCGAUCCAUGAAUGUACAAAUGCUGUGCCUUUAUCUUCUGUACUUAACCUGUGAAUGGAUGAAUAAUAAAUAUUCUGUCAUGGAAA